AUGACCAAGCUCGCGCUCCUCGUUCGAGCAACUGCACUACUCCUUUGCUUGCUCAUCUCCCAAGCAGCAUCCACUUCCCAUGGUCAAGCGACUGUAUCAGAGGCUUGCCUUAGCAGUGAGCGAGAUGCGCUCCUGUCCUUCAAGGCGAGCCUCUUCGACCCUGCUGGCCAUCUCUCGUCAUGGCGCCGUGGUGACAACUGUUGUCAAUGGAAUGGUGUUCGAUGCAGCAAUCGAACUGGCCAUGUAAUCAAGCUCAACCUCCGCAACAUCGACAUGGAUACUGGUGGCUAUCCGAACAUGAGCAGAUCAUUGAGCUUGUCGGCAGGAGAGAUGAGCUCCUCUUUGGCUACUUUGCAACACCUGAGGUAUCUUGAUCUGAGCGGUAAUGACUUCACCGGCACAAGCAUACCUGUUUUCAUGGGUUCCUUCGGCAAAUUAAGGUAUCUCAACCUUUCGUGGGCAUAUUUCACCGGGACGAUACCUUCCCAACUUGGGAAUCUCUCCAAGUUGCAAUAUCUUUAUGUUAGUGGUAAUUAUGAUGGUCUUCGAGCAGUGGAUCUUGCAUGGUUGACACGCCUCCCUUUGUUGAGUCAUCUUGACAUGAGCUUUGUGUAUCUUAGUUUUGUGAGGGAUUGGGUGCACACGUUUAACAUGCUCCCUUCUCUUAAAGUGCUUCGCUUGUCCGAGUGUGGCCUUAAUAGUACCAUGUCGGCUAGUAAUUUACAUUCCAAGUCCAACCUCACACACCUCGGGGUCCUUGAUAUGUCUUAUAACUACUUCCUUGGCACUUCAUUCAAGCACAACUGGUUCUGGAACCUUACAAGCCUCAAGGAGCUUUACCUCUCCGGUUUCGGCUGGGACGGACCCAUUCCCAAUGAACUAAGAAACAUGAAGUCCCUUCAGGUCAUAGAUUUGAGUUGGAACGAUCUUGAGGGUUUGUUACCAAGCAAUUUAGAAGAUCUGUGUGAUUUGAAAACAUUGAAAUUAAAUGGUAACAACGUUAAUGCGAACAUGGAUGAGUUCAUGGAUCGAUUGCCAAUGUGCUCAAGGAAUACAUUGCAAGAGUUGUGGGUAGUGGAAACAAAUAUGACUGGGAAUCUGCCAGUUUGGAUUGGGAACAUGACCAAUCUCACCGUUCUUGAAGCAUCUUACAACAUGUUGACUGGCCCUCUACCCGUAGGAGUUGGAGCACUUGGUAAUUUGAAAACCCUGGACUUAAGCUACAAUAACUUCAGUGGUGUGCUCGUGAAAGAACAUUUCACAAACUUAGGUAAUUUAGAGAGUUUGUGCCUCAACUACAAUAAUUUCAGUGGUGUGCUUCUCAAGGAACAUUUCACAAGUUUAGGUAAUUUAGAGAGUUUGCGCCUCAACUACAACAACUUCAGCGGUGUGCUCUUCAAGGGAUAUUUUGCAAGUUUAGGUAAUUUGAAGUUUUUGGACCUCAGCUACAACAACUUCAGCGGUGUGCUCCUCAGGGAACAUUUUGUAAGUUUAGGUAAUUUAGAGAGUUUGCGCCUCAGCUACAACAAAUUCAGUGGUGUGCUCUUCAAGGGACAUUUUACAGGUUUAGGUAAUUUGAAGUUUGUGGACCUUAGCUACAACAACUUCAGCGGUGUGCUCCUCAGGGAACAUUUUGCUGCAGGGUUAUGUAAUUUGGAGUGGUUGGACCUCAGCUACAACAACUUCAGCAGUGUACUCCUUAAGGAACAUUUUGAGAGUUUACGUAAUUUGAAGUUUUCGGACCUCGGCUACAACAACUUCAGCGGUGUGCUCUUGAAAAGGCAUUCUACAAGUUUGGGCAAUUUAAAGCAUUUGGACCUCAGCUACAAUAAAUUAAACAGUGUGCUCACAGAGGAGGAUUUUGCAGGACUAUUGAAUUUGGAGUAUCUAGACUUGUCAUACAACUCUUUGAAAUUAGCUAUCAACCAAAAAUGGGUUCCUCCAUUUAGAUUGAAGGUCGCAGGUUUUCGUUCAUGCCAUCUUGGACCUCAUUUUCCAGAGUGGCUCAAAUGGCAGAUUGACAUCGAUGUUCUUGUUCUUGGAAAUUCAAACCUGGAUGAUGUUAUUCCUGAUUGGUUUUGGUUCACAUUUUUUUUUUAG